AUGAAGUCCCCUGCAGAGUCCUAUAUUGUGAGUAAAUUGAAAAGUCAAAGUGUAGACGAGGAGCUACAUAAUCCUGUACGUCUAGGUACACCGCCGAGAGCUAGCGAACAAGGGGUCCUAAAUACCAGACAGCCGGACACGGAAGAGGAAAGCCUUGAUCUUGACCCGCUCGAUGACUUGGUGUGGGGCGAAUCAGACAGCGAGAGUUGCACCGAGUCCUCUGACGAUUCUGAGUUCGAGUCCAUCGAGCAGGAUUUCGGAUAUAGCUGUCUGGCCGAAAUUCUGCACGACUUUGGAAAACCUAUCAGUACUCUUGAUUGGGAAGAGAAAGAUAAGGAUGAGGCCAAACUUCUACAGAGGCUGUCGAAACCACUACCUAUAUUUCGAUUACAAAACUCCCUGCCACAAGGCAGCUUGCGUCCAAAAGUGAGAAUAGUCUGA